AUGGAAAAGCCACCGACCUUGGAUCCAUACGACGGGACUAUCGACCCCGACGAUCACAUCAAGAACAUUGAAGCCGUUAUGGAGUAUCACGUCGUCCACGGGUCCAUCAAGUGUCAGAUCUUCCCGACCACUCUCAGGAAAGGGACGAUGACCUGGUACAUAAAUCUUCCUCCCAACUCCAUCCAGUCCUGGGCCGAACUUAAGGAACUCUUCUUGAGCCAUUUCACUGCUUCUCGUCGACAGCCGAAGUCUGAAGCAAACCUCGAAGCUGUGAUCCAAGGUACCAACGAACCUCUCCAAGAUUACCUCGACAGGUUCAACAAAGAGGUCGUUCAAGUGCAGACGACCGACUACAUGAAGAGGUACCUCCUCGAGAGACGACUCCUCCUCGGAAGCGAAUUCAAGAAGGCUAUAAAGAUCGAGAAAAUGCGCUCCAUGAACGCCAUCCUUAAAAGGGCCCAAGCUUUCAUCGCUUUCGAAGAGGGCGAAGCGGCCGCCAUUAAAGCCUCCAGGGGAAAUGAUGCUGCUCGAAGCUCGAGCCAAGACCACUCAGCUGUGCGCUGA